GUACCGCAUAUCAGACGUAUUGGUCGGGAAAAGAGCCGAUGUUAAGUGAAUAAAAAAAGGAAAACAGAUCAACGAGUUGAAUAACAAAAAAAAAAAAAAAACUAUCAAUCGGAUUCGAAUUCUUGGCAUGCCGAUACGAAGUACAUCAAUUAUCGGGAUCGAUGCCAAUCGCACGUUGUUGCGUUUUAAAAUUUAAAAAUUCAUAAUCGUGCAAAAAAUCAUACGCAUAAUUCCUCCCUCGUUUUUUUUUUUUUUUUCUUCUUCUCUCUACCGUCGCUUGCAGUGAUUAGUUCAUUAACGCACUUCGUUUAACGACCCUAAAGUACCUCGACGAUGAGCCGUCCGAAAUCGUCGUCGAAAAUGACGGAGCUCCGACGACCAAUUUUCGGAUGCAGCGUCGGUUUGCUUUUUUAUUUGCUUCUCGCGACCCGACCCACGCCCGGCGAGAGCGUGACGGAGGAACUGCUCUCCAAUAUCUCCAUACGUCUGUACUUGGGGGAAACAUCCGAAGACGGUAACUUCGCCGAAGAAUAUGUCGGAAGCGCGACCGAACUUCUUCAAAAAAUGGAUUUGAAGAAACCGACGAUUUUGUACGUUCACGGUUUUACCGAGAAUCUGAAUCGGACGAGUGUUCACACAAUUGUGAACGGUUACUUGCAACGUCGUGACCACAACGUACUCGCUGUCGACUGGUCGGAGAUAGCCGGCCAAGAUUAUGUUUCUGUUGCAUUCAGCGCUCCGGACGUGGGGAAGGCUUUGGCCGGUCUUUUGAACCGAAUGGUAGAAAUUUCCCUGGAUUCAACGACCCUCCACGUCAUAGGUCACUCCCUCGGAGGUCAAAUAACCGGAUACAUCGGGAGAAACGUGAAUUUCACGAUACCGAGAAUCACCGGACUCGAUCCCGCUGGUCCUGGAUUUAACAUACUCAUAGAUCAUCUCGGUCCUGGAGACGCCAAAUUUGUGGACAUCAUUCACACCGACGCCGGUGUUUACGGGUACACCGGUACCGGAGACGCAGAUUUCUGGCCCAACGGAGGUCACCGAAUCCAACCCGGGUGCCCCUUAUUUUUCAUACCCUUGGACAUCAACGAUUUUUGCAGCCACCACAGAUCUUGGGAAUACUACGGAGAAUCAUUGAGGAACGAGGAGGCCUUCGUCGGUGUUCAAUGUUCCGGGGAGAUUAAGUUUAAAACGAGGGGAUGUAAAAAUAAGAAGAAAGUUCCUAUGGGUAUCGCAACGCCGACGGACACGAGGGGCAGUUUUCAUCUGGACACCAACAAAAAUUCGCCCUUCGGACGCGGCGAGGACGGAACGAAUCCGAAAUCAAUUUUGGAAAGCUUUAACGGACCAUUUUACGGGGGGGCUGAGAAUCGCUGGGGACAAAACGGCUAUUUAAGCGCAAAAAUUUGUCGGCGAGGAACAGAUUCAGAUUUUAUUUCAUUCGAGACACUGAUCAUGCGGUGCGUGAGUUUUCUGAUUUUCUUCGCUCUCGCGUUCGUUGCGGUCAACGCAACGAUUUCCGCCUACGAACCGUGCGAGUCGAAGAGCUGCUCCAGUGCGAGAGCGACGUCGGCGGAUUUGGAAAAAAUUGCGAUACGCGUUUACAAACGCGAAUUGAACGGCGACCACCAAGACGCACUAGUCGGUAAUGCGAUGGAUCUGUUCGAGAAUUUGGAUCUGAACCGACCCACGGUUCUCUACAUUCACGGGUGGCGCGAAAAUUGCGACAUAGAGGACGGAAGUUCCCUGGGGGUGGCGAGGGCGUACCUAAAACGUGGCGACCAUAACAUCAUUUUGGUAAAUUAUCCGAAUAUUUCUGAACGGGAUUACGUGAACGCGGCGAACAGCGCUAAGGGGAUCGGUUACACGAUCGCCAAGAUGUUGGAUAAAUUCGUGAGGGCCGGUCUGGAUCCGGAGGAUCUUCACAUAGUCGGACAUUCGUUGGGGGCGCAAGUCGCGGGAUUCAUAGGAGCUUACACGGACUUUGAGGUGGAGAGAAUUACAGGUUUGGACCCAGCCGGUCCCAAUUUCAACUUCGCCGAGGAACGACUGACCUCGAGUGCCGCCAAAUUCGUCGACGUCAUUCACACGGACGCGGGUGUUUUCGGGUGCAGUUACAGGGCGGGUACCGUCGAUUAUUAUCCCAACGGAGGAUCCGCCGCGCAACCCGGAUGCAUACGGGACCUCGUUCGCCUCGAUGACUACUUGAUAAGCGCCUGCGGUCACGCGAAGUCGUGGAAAUAUUUCGCCGAGUCCGUGCUGAACGAGGAAGCUUUUUUGGCGCAGCCUUGCAUUUCGCUGAAAGAUUUGUUGUUCAGCUGGAAUUUGCCGCGAAUCACCGUCGCCAUGGGCUACGGCGCCUCCACGUCCACACCGGAAGGAAGCUACUGCCUUUAUACAAACGGAGCGGUCCCGUACGGGAGAGGUAAAUCCGGAGCUAGAUUCCGUAUGUCAAUAGAGUAAAAAUUGUCCGGCCGCUUUUUGCGACGAAAGAAGAUGGGGAGGGCUUCGUCUACCCGGGACCCACCGUCGUGGGAUCGAAAUGAAAUUCAUAGAUAUGUACAGAAGAGUGCGAGAGCCCAGGUUUUCGGGGCAUUGGGAAAGCAGCUGAGCAAAUUCUUGAGCGGCCAUCAAACCAGAGACGGAACUUGGAACCGGCGAUAUUGAGAUAUGUAGCGUGUAUUCAAUAAACUCUCGUUAAUCAAAA